UCAGCUGACAGCUGUGUGGUUGCAUCCAACGGGUCCAGUAUUUGAUACACGGGAUUGGAAAUAAUCAUAAAACAAACCAUAAUUCCAGGCCAAGAAACUAAGAUAUUUUCCGGAAAUUCCGUUCGCGGUUUCCCCUCGCUUGCACAAUGAGUGCUGGCACCGCUAAAUCGCUAGCAUCGUCGGGGCAAAAACCCAUUCAGGAGAUCUGCCAUCCGCUCGGAGCCGAGGAGGCAGCGUCAGCCGGAGUCCUCACACCCAGUCCAGAUGUCGGAAACACCACUAGCAGCAUCGGAGAGAAGGAACCAAGUCUGCCCAAUGGGACACCGGUGGAGACAUCUAGUCCCGCCUCCUCGUCUUCCCUCCUGAACCGGCUGCAGCUGGAUGACGACCUGGAUGGAGAAACACGCGACCUCUUCGUUACCGUCGACGACCCUAAGAAACACGUCUCCACCAUGGAGACCUACAUCACCUACAGAGUGGUCACUAAGACAACGCGGGUGGAGUUUGACCUACCAGAGUACUCCGUGAGGAGACGCUACCAGGACUUUGAUUGGCUCAGGACCAAGUUGGAAGAUAGUCAGCCUACACAUCUCAUACCACCCCUCCCUGAGAAGUUUGUGAUGAAGGGGGUGGUGGACCGGUUCUCUGAGGAGUUUGUAGAGACGAGGAGGAAGGCUCUGGAUAAGUUCCUGAAGAGAGUGGCUGACCAUCCUGUCCUGUCGUUCAACCAACACCUCAACGCCUUCCUCUCUACCAAGGACCUGAAUAAGAGACAAGGCCUAGCCCUGCUCUCUAAGAUGGGGGAGUCGGUGAAGUACGUGACAGGAGGGUACAAGCUGAGGGGCCGACCCAUGGAGUUUUCUGUUAUGGGAGACUACCUGGAUUUGUUCACACUGAAGCUGGGUACUAUCGACAGGAUAGCACAGAGAAUCAUCAAAGAACAGUCCGAGUACCUAGUAGAGCUGAGGGAGUACGGUCCAGUCUACGCCACCUGGGCGGCGGUGGAGGCGGAGCUACAGGAGCCCCUGGAGGGUGUGUCCGGCUGCAUAGCUAACUGCUCCAGCGCUCUGGACCAACUCACCGAGGACAUGAGCGAAGACUUCCUGCCAGUGCUCCGAGAAUACGUCCUCUAUAUUGAGUCCAUGAAGACUGUGCUGAAGAAGAGGGACAACGUCCAGGCGGAAUAUGAGGCCAAACUGGAAGCUGCUGCGCUCCGGAAAGAAGAGAGGCCAACAGCCAAGCAGGUGCCUGCAGACGUGGAGAAGUGCCAGGACAGAGUGGAGUGUUUCAAUGCUGACCUGAAGUCAGACUGGGACCGCUGGCAGAACAACAAGAGACAAGACUUCAGACAGCUACUGACUGGCAUGGCUGACCACAACAUCCACUACUAUGAGAAGUGCCUUGCUUCGUGGGAGUCUGUCAUUCCACUAUUGCAGGACAAGCAGCCACAGGAGACCCAAACAGAGGAAGACUGAAACGGCCAGCUGCCCUCUGGAGCACAGCGGAAAGUGGACAUAACAUCUGAAACGCUUCCUCUACCCGAGUUACCGGUGUCAGACACAGACACUGUCGAAGGGAGAUUGCCAAGGAAAUGGGGCUACAGACGGAAGUCUUUUUAGUUUUGGUGUUUCUAUUUGUGAAACCCAGUCAGUGGAACAUCCCAUCCUGCCUGCUGGGCAUCGUCUCACGUCAGGUAGCGCAACGGCCGUCUGCACUGAUCUGUCUGAUAGCUUGCAAAGACUUGCGAAAAAGAAGUUUGGCUACAAUAUGCUGUCCUAACAGUCGAAAAUGUUACCAAGGUGACAUCGUCCACUAAAAGCCCCUUACAUCAUCUAAAAGAGUCAGAGUUAAUCUUACCAAAAUAUAUCAACCUGGAGCUAAUAUAAACCUGGAGCUAAUAUAAACCUGGAGCUAAUAUCAACCUGGAGCUAAUAUAAACCUGGAGCUAAUAUAAACCUGGAGCUAAUAAGUCUUCGCUACCUGAUUCUACAUCUAACUAAAGCGUUCUGUGGCGGUAGAAUCAGUAUUUAUGAAAUGCGAAAUGUGCACUAAAAUGAGCUAGUUAACGUGUCUGCUGGCUAGUGUCUGCUAGCUAGUGUCUGCUGGCUAGUGUCUGCUGGCUAGUGUCUGCUGGCUAGUG